AUGUCCUCCGGGGAUGCGUUGGAAGAGAGUCGGCGGUUCUGUGUACUGUCUUGGGAGCAGGUGCAACGUUUGGACUCCAUCCUUGGAGAGAGCGUCCCAAUCCAUGGACGCGGAAACUUCCCUACGUUAUCCGUGAAACCCCGGCAAAUUGUCCAGGUGGUACGGGCAAGACUGGAGGAGCAGGGUGUAGUGGUUCGUGAUGUGAAGCUGAACGGCUCAGCUGCCAGCCAUGUCCUUCACCAGGACACAGGCCUGGGGUAUAAAGACCUAGACCUGAUCUUCGGCAUAAGCCUGACCGACGACAAGACUUUCCGCUUGGUGAAGGACGUUGUGCUGGACAGCCUGUUGGACUUUCUGCCGGAGGGAGUCAGCCGCGACCGCAUCACCCCCCUGACGCUCAAAGAGGCCUACGUGCAGAAGCUCGUGAAGGUCUGCAACGACACAGAUCGCUGGAGCCUCAUCUCCCUCUCCAACAACACCGGCAAGAACGUGGAACUCAAAUUCGUGGAUUCCCUGCGUAGGCAGUUUGAGUUCAGCGUGGACUCCUUUCAGAUCGCUCUGGACUCGCUCCUGCUCUUUGACCGCUGCUCAGAGACGCCCAUGUCCGAAAGCUUCCACCCCACCGUGUUGGGCGAGAGCAUGUACGGUGACUUUGAGGAGGCCCUGAGCCACCUGCGCUCCAAGACUAUCGCCACGCGUAGUCCCGAGGAGAUCCGUGGCGGCGGGCUUCUGAAAUACUGCCACCUGCUGGUGCGGGGUUUCCGACCGGCCUCAGAGGCGCAGAUGAAAACGCUUCAGCGCUACAUGUGCUCACGUUUCUUCAUCGACUUCCCGGACAUCUGCGAACAGCAGCGCAAGUUGGAGGCCUACCUGCAGAACCACUUUGCGGGCAUGGAGCACAAGCGGUACGAGUGUCUGGUCACGCUACGGCGGGUUGUGGAUGAGAGCACAGUCUGUCUCAUGAGCCACGAACGGCGGCAGACGUUGGCGCUCAUCUCUGCCCUGGCGCUGCGUGUCCUGGCUGAACAAAACGCCAUCCCGGCUCUGGCCAACGUCACCUGUUAUUACCAACCUGCGCCCUACGUCAGAGAUGUCAACUUCAGCAACUACUACGUGGCACGGGUUCACUCCCCAAUGACCACCUGCAGUAGCUCCUACCAGACGUGGUUGCCCUGUAGCUGAGCGGUACAUGAAAGAUGGACAAA